AUGGCCCGUUCAUCGACGACACGAGGCACGCCGGCGCAGCCGCCACAGAAGCAGGCGGCUGCGCCGUCGCAUGCAGAGUUCCUCCUUGAACAGACGCGCCAAAAUCUGCGUCAGCUUGCGCUUUCCGGCGCGGCCGACGCGGCCCUGUGUAAUGAAAUUGAUGCGUUGCUGGGCACCAUCACACUGCGCAAAUCGCAGGGCGAUGACACACGUGCUGCGAGUAGCAAGCAGGAACUAUCGAAAGCUAACAAGUGGACGCGCGAUGUGAUUGCCAACUCGGACGUCCUGCCGACAGUUUUCGAUGCGACUCUCGCAGCGACGGCAGGGCCAAUCUUGACGGGCACACAGCGCAGUGCGCUUGUACAGAUUAUGAAGCAGUCCCAGAGCAAGAUCGCAGAUGCGGUUACCGACCCAGAGCGCCAGCGAAUUGUACAGAAUUUUGCGUCACAGUCGGCAAAAAACGCUUCUGCAGGUUGGAAAACGGGCUGGAAGAAUGCAAACGGGAACUGGGGCAAGAUCCAGAAAAGCGGUGGAGUGGAAGACAACGAGGCAGACACUUCGCGGCUCGAUCUAGGUAUGGAUCGAUUGUACCUUAGUUCGAGUAGCGGCAUGUCGAACGCACACGACAACCCAGCGGUCGCAGGUGUCUCCGCGCUCCCUUCCGUGCGUUUCCCCGACAGUGGCGCACCUGGAGCCGAUAACGAGGCGGGCGCCGUUACGACGACUUUCUCGCCAUGGCCGGGCCUUGUGCUUACGAGCUCUAUUGUGGCAACAAGCACGACGCCGAGCGUAAAAAUCAGCUCCGAUGCAGGUCGUGCUCUGCCACCACCACCACCAGAAGGGCCGAUUCCGCCGCCGCCGACGCGCAAUGUGCCGCCCCCAGCGUCGCCACUGCCGCCACCGCCGCGGUCUCCGAUUGGCGUAUCAGACGCACAACUUGCAGCGCAUUCGUCCGCGCAGCCUCCGGCGUAUGCCCAGGCACCGCAGUCCCAUAUCGCCUCAUCGCUCCAUCCGACCGCUGCACAGCCUCAUGCAGCUCGCGGCGUGCCUCAGCCAUUGCAGCCCGGGGACGGGUACGCGGCGCUACAGUACAUGCGACAUCCAUAA